AUGAAUUUUGCUGAGCUAGGAACAAAAUUUAAAAAAGAUGAUAACAUAGGAUAAUAAUAAAAGUCUCAAGAUGGUUGGGAUAUUGAAGAAGAUGAUUUUCCUUCUGAUCAUGGAAGUUAAGAUUAGCAACCAUAAUAAUUAAACAAAAUUAAAUAUAAUCAAAAUUAACUUGAAAAAAAGAACGAUUGGGAAAUUGAUGAUGAUAUUGAUGAUUUUAAUUAACAAACAGUAGAAGUAAACAAAAAACAAGAAUAACAUUAAAAAAUUUAAUAAGAUGAAUAAAAAUCAUCAUUAGAAUAAGUAGAUAUGUGGGGAAAAUUUACUAGUACAGUGUAAUAAACUUAAACUAUUGAAAAACUAAUUAAAGAAAGUGCUCCUUAAAAAAUUAAAUAAACCUUUUAAAAUAUAUUCGGCUCAUAAACUAGUGCAUCAAAUAAUAUUAAUAAUGUAUAGGAACAAAGUUAAAAUAGUAAAGUCUUUGCAAGUAUUUAACAGGUUAUUGAUAUGAAGAAAUUACUUGAGUUUGAAAAGUAAUCUUUAUUAUAAAGUAGGUCUGAAUUAGAAGAUGAAAUAAAACUUAGAAGAAUCUAAACAGAAAAUGAAUUGUUGCAAUAAAAAACAGAGUUAGAAGAAAAAAUAAAAGUUUUCACAUUAGAGAAAGAAUAAUUCAAUUAAUAAUUAAAGGAAACUAAAUAAUUAUUUAAAUUGUCUGAACUUAUAGAUCCUCAUGAUAAUCAAUAAGAAAUUAUAAAUAAAUUAACUAAAGAAAAUGAAAAUCUAAAUAAUGAUAUAACUAAAUUGAUAGAUACUUAAGAAAAAUAAAUUAAUGAUUAUGAAGAUAAUAUUGAACAGAUGUAAUAAGAAAUUGAGUAUUACAAAAAUCAGUUCAUAUAAUAUUAAUCAAAAUAUAAAAAUGUUAAAGAAAAGAUUAUGAAUGAGAUUCCAAAAAUAUAAAACUAAUUAAGAACUAUUUAAAAAUAAGAGUUUAAAAAAUUAGUUAUAAAUCAUAUUGCAUAAUUUAAUAACUAUUUUAGUGUAAAAUAGUAAGAUUUAAUAUAAAUUGCAAAAUAAACAACCUCUAACUAACUUAAAUAAAUUAGUAAUCUAAAAGAAGAUAAUAUUUAAUUAAUGUAGAAAGUUGAAGAAUUAGAUGAAUUAAAGGAAGAACAUUAAUCAAGUUUAUAUAUAAUAAAAUAGUUGAGAAUAUCUGAAGAUAAAUUAAUUGAAGAAAAUGAAAGAAUUCAGAAUGAGAAUUAGGAAAAGGAGAAUCAGAUAUAAGAAUAUUAAGAUUAAUGGAUUAUUUUGAAAAAAGAAUUUGAUAAAGAGAAAUAGGAGUUAAUUUAAUAGAUUAUAUAAUUAUAAGAGGAAAUAGAUUAGAUGAAAAGAAAUUAGGAGAAUUAUGUUGAAAAAUCAAAUAUGAUAAAAUUAGAAUAGUAUGUAGAACUUAUUCAAGAGGAAAAGAAAGCUGUACUUUGUAAUUUAGAAAACAAAGAAACAUAAAUAUUAGUUCUAGAGUAAUAAAUUUAAGAUUUGAAUGAAGAAUUAAAUAAGAAAUAGAAAAAUGAUGGUAAUGAGAUAUGGAAAUAAGAGGAUUAAGGAUGGGAAUUGGAUGAUUCUUUUUAAAGAAAAUAUGAUGAAUGUAUUUUAUGAAUUAAUAAAAUAGUGGAGUUAUAAAUGAUUUAAUAUCGAAAUGAAAAUCAUGAAUUAAAAUAUCAAUUAAAAGAAAUGGAAGUUCGUAUGUUAUAGUAAUAACAUAAAUAGGAUGCUCAAGUUGAAUAGAUGCAUUAAUUAUAGAUAUGUUUAGUAGAUACAGAAUAUUAGAAAAACUUUUAAAAUGCUGUUUAGUAAUAAUAAUUGAAUAAAUAUUUAAGAUAAGAAAGAAUAUAGGAAUUAGAAGAAUAAAUUUCAAUUGAAAAAAGAAAGAUUUCGGAUGAAGAAGAGAAAGUUAGUGAAUAAAAUUAAUAGGUAGAUGAAGAUUCUUAAAGAGCUAUAAAUGAAUUAAGAUAAAUUGAUUAUGAAGAAAAUGCAGCAUAAAGAGAAGAUGGAGCUUGGGAAUUUGAAGAUAGUCUUAAUGUUGAUAUUUAAGAAGUAUUAUUUAAAUUAAUUAUUUUAGUAAGAAAACGUUGGUGAAUAUUAAAAUAUAUUAUUAAAUCAAGGAUAAAAUAUUAAUUAAUAAGAUUAUGAAAAAUAAGUAGAUGAAAGUUCUGAUUUCUAAGAUGAAAUAUAACAAAAUGAUUAAUAUUAAUAAUAAGAUCAAAAUGAAUAAUCAGAUAAUUAUCAAUAAAAUGAUUUAUCAUAAGAAGAAGCUCUAAAUAGAGAUUAAGAAAUGUAAUAAGAUGUAGAAAAAGAUUCAGAAAUUCUAUCUGAAAGAGAAGCAUUAUUAUAAAACUAAGAAGAAGAAGAAGAUGAUGAAAAUUAUGUAAAAAUUUAAGAUCAUAUGGAAAGUUAAGAUUUUAAUAUAAAUUAAAAAUAACAAUAAAAUGAUACAUCUUAAGAUUAAGAAUAAUAAUAAAAAUAAGAUGAUGAUGAAUCAAUUAAUGAGUCAUAAAAUGAUCAAAAUGAAGAUGCUUAAGAAAUAUAUGAAAAUUAAAAUGAUUUAAAUUAUCAAAAUAUAGAAUAUAAGAAUUAGGAAUAAAAGAAAAUAAAUGAAAUAAGUGAAGAAUAAAAAGAUAGUUAAAAUUCUCAAGUAGAUUCUUAAAAUUUUAAUGAUGAAUACGAAAGUGAAAAUGAAGAUCAAAAUUAAUAAUGCUAUUAAGAUUAAAAUUAUAAUCUCGAAUCAUCAAAUGAUUAAAAUCAAUUUUAAGAUGAUGAAAUUGAUGGAGAAAAUAAAGAAAAUUAUAAUGAUGAAUAAGGUAAUUAAGAAGAAAAUCAAUAUAGUGAAAAUUAAGAUGAGGAAUAAUUUAAUGGAGUUGAAGAUAUUAAUAAAACUGAUCAUGAAAAUUAAAAUAAUGAUUAAGAAUAAAAAUAAGAAUCUGAAUAGAAUUAGGAUAUUUAUCAAGAUGAUGAUAAAGAAAAUUAAUAAGAAGAAGAUUUGAAUUAAUCCGAUUAAAAUUAGGAUUAAUUUUAUUAAGAUGAAUAAAAUAUAGGGAAUAAAUCAAAUGAGUUAUAAAAUUCAGAAAUAGAAUAAUUAAAAAGUUAAGAAUAAUCAUUAGAAAAAGAUCAAGAAUAUUAGGAUAAUUAAGAUCAAUCCUUCUAAUAUAUUGGUAUUGAUGUAAAAAUGGAUAAUUUAGAAUAUUAAUAAUAAAUUAAUCAUUAAUAAGAAGAAAAAUAAACAGAAAAUAUGAAUUCACACUAAUAAUAGUUCGAUAUGGACAAACCAGAUGAAAAUUUUAAUAACAAAUUGGAUGUUUAAGAGAGCAACAACUAAGAAGAUUCUAAUUAAAAUAUAGAAGUUGAAAUAGAUGACUAAAUUAAUAAAGAAUAAGAGUAGAUAGAACUAGAAUAUUAGAUUGUACUUGAACCGAUUUAAAAUUUAAAUGUUGAUAAUCAAAUUAAUGAGUAAAACUUAGGAGAUUUUAAUAUUGAGGAUGCAAAUAAUGAAAAUAAUAAAUUUGAGGAUCAGCUUAAAAUAGUUAUAAAUACUUCUAAUUAAUUAGAAAAAAAUUACAAUAUUGAUUUUAAUUCUCAAAGAAAUAUUCCAUCUUAAGAAGAUUUAUCUCCUUCAUAUUAAAAUGAAGGUGUUUAAGAAUAGAUCUCAAAACCACCUAUAUUUUCAGAAGAAAAAUCUUAGGAAAAGGCUAUUUGUGAUUAAGAAUAAGGAAUUUAAAUUAUUCAAACACCUUAAGAAGUUGAUUUCAAUAUAAAAAAAAUAUAAAUUGAAAAUGAAGAUAUUAAAGUAGAAUAAAUUAGUAAUAAUGUUGAAAUUGCAGAUGAAGAAUAAGGAAAUUAAUGGGAUGUAGAAGAUGAUAUUGAUUUUGAUAAUGAAAUUGAUAAUUAAUAAAAUCAAGUAAUUUAGGAGAAUAAAUAAGAAAUUGUUUAAAUGAAAAUCAAUAACUCAUAAUUUAGUUAAUAAUAAAAUUAAUAAGAAAAAGAGAGAAACAUUUAAGAACCAGUUUAAGAUUAAUAAUUUGAAGAAUAAACUCCUGAUGUGUAAUUUGAUGAUAAUGAAGAUAAUUAGGAAGAAUAAAUUAAUACAUAAAUUCCGAAUAUAAAAAGACUCAGUUAAGAACAAUUGUAAAUGGAUGAUGAAUUAGAAGAAAUAGAUCCAUGGGCUGAAUAAUAAGGAAUAGGGGAAAAUAAAGAAUCAGGUUGGGAUUUAGAUGAUAUAUGA